AUGACGUUAAAAUUGGUAUUGGUAGUUGUUUUGUCAGUGUAUGUAACAGACGCUUUAGACAAUCCGACCUUUACUUUAUCGCCAUCUGGUGGACAAUUCACAGUUAAAGAUUAUCCCGGAUUAUCUACGGUUCUGUUUCACUACUGGAUUGAUAAUGGUGAUGAAAUAAUAGAUAAAGCAACACUUACAGAUACGAGGGUGUGGCAACUGUCAAAUCCAAAACUAAGACCAUUAAGACGUCUACAGUAUUAUGCUGAAUUUUAUUUUAAUACUGGUGUAGUAACCAGUGUAAAACAGAAAUGGGACAGAGCUCCAGUAGCAGUUUUACCUCCCAGAAAGAUGAGAGGAGUUGUUAUGUUUCGAGAAGAUUUUAAUGGUGACCAGCUAGACAUUAAUAACUGGUUGUUAGCAGUGACAGCAACUGAUGAUUAUCAAGUAGAAUUCCAAGCUUAUACAAAUGAUAAAAGAAAUGUAUUUGUAAGGAAUGGUUACCUGUAUCUAAAACCUACACUUACUGUGGACAGUGGUCAUUUUACUGAGGACGAUUUACAGCACGGUGUUAUGGACUUGAAAAAAACGUGGGGAGUGUGUACAGAGGGUGGUAAUAAUGGCUGCUACCGUGAUUCUAAAAAGGAUAUCUUACCACCAACCCUAUCUGGAAGAGUCCUUAGUAAACCCAAUAUAAAAUAUGGUACCAUUACAGUUAGAGCUCAAAUACCUCGUGGAGAUUGGCUGUGGCCAGCUAUCUGGAUGAUGCCAAGUAAACCAGAUUAUGGAUGGUGGCCGGCAUCUGGAGAAAUAGACUUCAUGGAAGCCACUUGUAACCAAGUAAUGCAUGAUUCGAAUGGUAAAAAUGUUGGUGUACAGCGAAUUUUCUCAACGUAUCACAUGGCACCACAAGGUGGUAAUUUUGCCGUGGGCAGAACAUUUACAAAAGACACUGGUGAUUGGCAUGGUUUCCACAACUACGAACUAGAAUGGUCUCCUGAUCGCUUAGUUAUAAAAGUUGAUGGAAAAUGGAUGAACACAAUAGAUGUUCAUGAUGGAUCUUCAAUCUGGGAUAUGUUUAACCUGAAGGGAGAUAAUCCAUGGGUUAAUGGUACCAAAAUUGCGCCGUUUGAUAAAGAGUUUUAUCUGAUUUUAAACGUUGCUGUUGGAGGAACCACUUCAAUGUUCAGCGACAGCUUCACCUACCCAUAUACUAAACCUUGGAAGAAUUCUGAUGCAAGGCCUAUGGCAAAUUUCUGGGCUGGUAGGAAUCUAUGGCUACCAUCCUGGCAUGGCGAUGAUGUGGCAAUGAUUAUUGAUUAUGUAGAAUUUAGACAUAUGUAAACCCUUUGUGUAACAACCUGUUUCAGCAAGGUUUUUUUUGGAAUAAACAUUCCUCUUAUCUUCAAAUAGGCACCUUUUGGUGUACCAAUUAAUCUGAGAAAUGUAAACGCCGUAAGCUCGA